AUGUCUGGACAGGACAAAAGCCAGAACCUAAUGGAUAUUGCGAAGCAGGCCGAGAAAGAUCUUGCGUCCGACUAUCUGAAGCAUGGAGCCGGAGACGGUGGUUUCGGAGGGAAGACUAUCCCUGGAGGCAGUCUCAGCACCGUCGAAUCUGGCAUUGACCAAUCCGUUACGAAGAAAUUCCCUGGAAGCACCGCCGAAUACGGCAGCAAGGUCUCAGGAGCAGGGAACAACCGCGAAAUUCCCUUAGAGGAGGGUGGCGACAUUGUGAAGGGUGUAGGGAGACUCACAAAAGCUGGGGAUUUUGACCAAGGAGAGCCGGGUGAAGGCCCAGAAGAUGUUGCUGCCAAACGAGCCCAGGAGCGGCCCGGAGACGAUGAUGUACGAACCCACAUCAAGAUCACAUAG